UUUAAUUUUUUAUACUAAUUUAUAAAUCACUGUGAUUAACUAAAAUUUUAACUAAAAUUUUAUUUAUCUCGAAACCAUAAAUUGAUACUCAACAAGUUUCGCAAGUAUAGAGUUCAAUUUCCAACAAGUUAGGAAUGCAAUUGUAAGCAUGCUUCACCAAUCACCAUGAAGUAAAGAAAUAGUUCGUCACUAUUUUUUAGUUCGUUGUUUUUAUUUUGUAAUAUUUUCUCUUAUAGAAAUAUCUUUUAUUAUCUUUUUAUUCUCAUUUACAUCAUACACUUCAACCUUCUAUAAAUCUCAUUAAUAUAAUUGAAAUAAUCUCACAAUUUCUUAAUAUUUAUGCAAUGAGAACAGAUAGAGCAGUAACUCUUAACACCUCUCGUUACUUAUGUAAGACACAUCAUGCCAUAUAAGAAUUUGUCAUCUUCAAAAUGUACCACCUCAUAUUCCCUCAUGCAUAAAAACAUUUACGUGGCACUUCCUCCAAUCCCCUCAACACACACCCAAAAAAUUAUGAAUCAGAUAUAUAUAAUAUAUGGGAACUUAAAAUUAAGAAACUAGAAAAAAAAAACAUUAAGAAGAAAAUAGGAUGGCAAGUAAUCAGGAAAAAAGAAAAGAAGAAGAAAAAGAAAAUGGAGUGAAAGAAGAGAAAAAGCAACUACCAUUAAUGGCAUUGAACCAUGUUUCAAGGCUAUGUAGAUCAGUGAAGGAGUCGAUAGAGUUUUACACAAAAGUAUUGGGUUUUGUAGUGAUUGAAAGGCCUCAAGCAUUUGAUUUUGAUGGAGCAUGGCUUUUUAAUUAUGGGAUUGGUAUUCAUUUGGUUCAAUCCAAAGAUGAAGAUCGUUUGCCUUCUGAUAAACAUGGCUUGGAUCCCAUGGAUAACCAUAUAUCUUUUCAGUGUGAGGAUAUGGAAGCAAUGGAGAAGAGAUUGAAGGAAUUUGAUGUGAAGUACAUGAAGAGGACAGUGGAGGAUGAGAACAAAACAGGCAUAGACCAGCUUUUCUUUAACGAUCCAGAUGGGUUUAUGAUAGAGAUAUGCAACUGUGAGAAUCUAAAGCUUGUACCAGCUGGUUCUAUGUCCAAAAUUAAGCUUCCUCUUGAUCGUCAUAACCCCCCUAUUCAACUUACUAAUGGAACAACCAAUUAAUUUUUUUUUUAUUUCAUCAAAAUUAAGCAACAUUAUGUUCAAUAUUUUUCCAUUUAUCUCAACAAGUUUUUCUUUGUGUUUUUUUAGCAUUCAACAUUGUAAUUUCUGUUUGAAUGGGUGUCCUAUGGUUUAGGAUUACAGGAUAGACGUAGUUGUAGGAUACGUUAUGUAUUUUUCUUAUUUUCAUUUAUAUAUUUAUCUUACAUUUUCAUUCCAUUCACAACGUUAAUCCGUCAACCAUAUUCCUACUCCCUCUAUCCCAUUCAUAUAUUAGAAGUUAGAACAGGAGGGCGUACCAGUUUGACCCAAUUGAGUCUGAACUGAAUUAAGCAAGUAAAGUCGAGUCCUUGUAAUUUUUCACUGAUCUCUUCAAUAACCCCCGAACAAUCUAAGAUUCAGAAAAGUUUGUCUUGAAAAUGGGAAGAAUUGGAAG